AUGGAUAUCAAUAUGAAUUCCAUGCAAGCCAUGCCCUACAAUCAGGCCAUGGUUCAACCACAGUUCCAGCCACAGCUAAAUGGACCACAGCAACAGCAACAGCAGCAGCAGCUACAGCCUCAACCACAACAUCAGCAAAUUCUGGCUCGCAACGUGGCCCAGGGCUCUCCUCCUUAUUAUGCCGGGCAGUUUCCCCAGAGAAUGGCUAAUGUGGUUCCAAACGGCGGUCAUCAACAAAUGAUGGCUGCUGCCGCUGCUGCUGCCGUAGCAGCUGCUGCGGGCCAAGGGCAGCUGCCGCCCAUGCGAGCUCGCAGGACUCAUGUGCCUACUCAAUAUAUGGGAUCUGUUCCAGAGGGUGGAAAACUUCCUCAGGAAGCUGCAGCGUUCCAGCCAGCGCAACCCUUUAAGGUACAGCAGAUGCAUCCACAAAUCAUGCUUAAGCGGCAACAGCAGCAACAACAGCAGCAACAGCAACAGCAGCAGCAGCAACAACAACAACAACAGCAGCAGCAGCAACAACAGCAACAACAGCAUCCACAACAGCAUCCUCAGCAUCAUCCGCAACAACAACCACAGCCACAGCAACUGUCUUCACAACAGGCACCACUACAACAGCCUCCUCAACCCCAGAACCCUCAGCCGCAACCUCAACAACAGCAGCGUCGACCUCCUAUUCAGCGGCCCCAGAGUGCACAGCCUUAUCAGGAUGUCCCCAAGGGCGAUCGGGCCGGUCCCUCUCCUGGUGCAAACGGCCAAAAGAAUCCUCUUAGCGCAGCCCAGAAUGAAAUUAAUGCAAAAAUCUACAAACGCAACUUGGGCAACGCGGGUGUGAUGCGAAUCUUGGAUUUGAUAGAUCUCGUAUCGAAUGAACUGAGGGAAAACCUCUCCAGCAUAGACUUCUGGAACCGUCUCGUCUACAGCUAUUUUUCGUCCACAUCUGUGAUGCGUUUUACUACUACCGGUGCGACAGUAAACCAACCUAUGACAGGAUUACUAGAGGGUUUUGCACAUGGCCUGGAGCCGUAUCUGUACGAGCUCAAUGCAGCAACAGCACCGCGGUUUCUUUUGGCAGUUGUGUUGGCCCAAAAUGUGGCUACGCACCAAGUGACGCUUCCGGGAAUAAAGUUCCAAGUGAUGAAUAACGGGUCACUAUUUAUUGUUUCACGACUUCAAGCACUUAUAACAUAUUUGGAUGGGUCUGUGGGUAAUUUACAAGGAACUUGCCGCAUUCUCCUCAGCAGAGAUUUCCGAAUUGAAUGGCUUGAUUGCCGGUGUCUUAACUACCAGAGCUCCAUCACUAUGCGGGCGCUCGAAACACACUGGGCUUCAUUUGAUAAUACGCUGGGAGGCAACUUUGUCGAGUCACUAAGUAAAAAUAGUGAAUCGGUGAGAGCAGCAUCGAACUCAGGUAUUCAUCCGAAUGCUAUGCGAGUCAUGCAACUCGGGAGUCUCAUGUCAUACUUGAAGCCUCUUAUGCUGUUUGCAGCAGCUAAUAACCAUGCGUCACCUCUUCUGGCGCUCGAGAAGUAUAUUGCGCUGGGUGCAAAUUCUCGGAAUGGCAACGGUGCCGUGUCAAGUCCAUCACCUCGGACAGUGGCAGCAGACGAACCGAAGGCUCCAAAAAAACGUCGUACUUCGUCCUCCCUUGAAAGCCCGAUGGUGUCAGGCAGCAAGUCUUGA